AGGGAGGAGCGGGCGAGCGGGCGGCUCCCCGAAAACCCCAGAGGGAAGGAAGGCGCUGGUGCGUUUUUUCGUCAGCAACAGCCAAUUCCACGCAGCGGCCAGCGAGCGGCGCCAGAUUUCGAGAAUUGACGCGGAGCCCGCGAGGAACGCGCACAUCCCUAGCCCGAGACUUGCACAGGCACAUACGGGCACGCAUACAAAAACCACACACACACACACACACGAAAGCGGGCUGGGCGAAGCCGCUUGAGCUGGGCUCUCGGUGUUUCUUCCUGACCCCCAAACCAAGGGGUGGGCAACGGCGGCGGCGGCAGCAGCAGCAGCGAGGCUGAAGAUGCCCAGGAUAUUGGCCCUAGUUGUUUGGUGUUUUCUGCAAGUGGAAGGCAGACAUCCAGAAAUCGCCGCGGGUAGCAGCAGCAGCAGCAGCAAUGCCAAUUUCCUAGACAAUGACAAAUGGCUGAGCACUGUUUCCCAAUAUGACAAAGAUAAAUACUGGAACAAGUUCAGAGAUGAAGUUGAGGAUGAUUAUUUCAGAAACUGGAAUCCCAACAAGCCUUUUGAUCAAGCUCUUGAUCCAUCCAAAGACCCAUGUUUGAAGGUAAAGUGCAGCCCACAUAAAGUCUGUGUCACUCACGACUACGAGACAGCCAUUUGUGUAAGCCGCAAACAGCUGGCGCACAGCCUUCGACAAAAGAAAGGGAAUCUUCCUCAGAGACACUGGAUGGGACCUGCUCAUUUAGUAAAAUGCAAGCCGUGCCCUCCGACGCAUUCCAGCCCCAUCUGUGGCUCCGAUGGGCAUACUUACACAACCAAGUGCAAAUUGGAGUUUCAUGCCUGCACAUCUGGCAAAAACAUUGGAGCUCGUUGUGAAGGGCCCUGCCCAUGCCUUCCAGGACAAGAAAGUUCAAAACACAAGAUGGAGAAGCCUGCUUGCACGGACAAGGAGCUGAGGAGCCUCGCAUCCCGUCUAAAAGAUUGGUUUGGCGCUCUUCACGAAGAUGCAAAUCGUGUAAUCAAGCCAACCAGCUCUGAUUCAGCACAAGGCAGAUUUGACACGAGCAUAUUACCAAUCUGUAAGGAUUCACUGGGCUGGAUGUUCAACAAACUGGACAUGAACUAUGACCUUCUGCUUGAUCACUCAGAGAUCAAUGCCAUUUAUCUUGAUAAGUAUGAGCCAUGCAUUAAGCCACUCUUCAACUCCUGUGACUCCUUCAAAGAUGGGAAGCUUUCAAACAAUGAAUGGUGCUAUUGUUUUCAGAAACCUGGAGGUCUCCCUUGCCAGAAUGAGAUGAACAGAAUUCAAAAGCUGGGCAAGGUGAAGAACCUGAUGGGUGCUUUCAUUCCACGAUGCAAUGAAGAAGGCUAUUACAAAGCAACUCAGUGUCAUGGCAGUACCGGCCAGUGCUGGUGUGUUGAUAAGUAUGGAAACGAGCUAGCUGGCUCAAGGAAGCAAGGGACUGUUAACUGUGAGGAAGAACAAGAAACAUCGGGGGAUUUCGGUAGUGGUGGAUCAGUCAUUUUAUUGGAUGAUCUGGAAGAGGAACAUGAAGCAGCGAAAAAGGAAAAGGAAGGAAAACAGAAGAUCCAUGUAAGAGCAGCUAAUGAUGACGAUGAAGAUGAAGAUGACGAUAAGGAUGAUGAAAUUGGCUAUAUAUGGUAGUUCCCAUAGCUCUAAGGACUCAUGUUUUGCACAGUAUCACAGGUCAUUUCCUAUCUCCGCCAUGGUAACUGAAGCAUCCAGCAUAACACAUGAAGUUCUGCCUAAAACCCUACGGGGGCCAUUCCCAUAGACACAGUGAUUCCCUGCUCCUCAUUGGGCUUCCUUUUCACUUUGCUGCUGGGCAUAACUCCAUAAGCACAAUGGAGAUGAGCAUGGAGUUCAUGCAGAUGAACUGGGAAAGCCUUGCAUAUGUAGAAACUCACUGUACGGGUGAGAUGGCUUGUGUGUGGACACACACACAUGCACAUAAACACACACAUUAUACAUACAUACAUAAAUUGGAGCUCCCAUGCCCAGCAAAUUGCUGAAUGGGAACAAUUGUCUCUCUGGUUGAUUUAAUUUUCUACACUGUGUUUAAUUUAGAAGACAGCUUUCACUCUCAGCUAGCUACUGUUUUCAGUAGCUGCAAAAAAAACUUCCUUCUUUACUGGCAGGGUGGCAUAUUUUAUUAAGUCAGACUUCUGUAGUUUAAUCUGUUCGUAAAGUCUGUAAUUUUAAAUGGAAUACAAAACACAGCAGGGGGGGGGGGUCAGUAAAUCUGGGCAACAUUUCCAGACUCUUCUUCUCUUAUCAGUGCCGAACAUUUCAGCUAACUGAUUAUUUUUUUUUUAAUUGUGCCAUUUGUUAAUAGUUACUACUUUGUUUUCCUCCUGGAAUUGUUAAAAGCAGGUGGUGGUUUUGUCUGGCCAUCUGGAACUUGUUGUAAAAGAUCAAAUCACCUUAGCUUCUUCUGCUUUGGCUUUAAGUCGGCAUUUUCCUGCUUAGCUCCUCCUCACUCUCUUUUGAGAAUAGUUGGCAGAGACAUAAUUUAAGCAGAACUCUGUCAAAGUUCUCCUCACUGCACAAGACAGAGUGUAGGACAAGAGCACAGCCGACCUCUUCUGCCACAGACCAGUAUCAAUUUGGUUUAAGUCAGUCAAUACAAUCUUGAUUUUAAAAAAUGUUGAUUACACUCUGUACAUGCAUGCAAACCCACCUAAACUUUAAGAAGAGUGGCUUUUCAAGACAUGAGAAGGAGGAAAACUUCAUAAUUGUGUUUCUCCAUUUCUUUUUUACUCUGCAAUUACUGUGACGGCUUGCAAGUCUGAGAUUUUGCUUUGAUCAUGUUUGCACUAAUGCUAUGCAAGAUGCUUCUGCUUCCUGAAUAGCAUACCGCUAGAUUUGCUGAAAAUGCUUUUUCUUCAUUUACUCUAAAUGAUUUCCCAUUUGGAAGCACUGAAGCUGUCAGAGGCACUAACCAUCAAAAGUAAUAAGCUGUCUUUCCUUUAUUUUAAAUUGUUAAUAUUUAUUUGCUCUAUUUUAAAAGAAAAGCAUCCUUAGGCAGUUGUGCCCAUAGUUCAUAUCACUUCUGGUUAAUAUAACAUGCUGAUAGUUACACUUAUGAACCAGAAGCACAUGAUUAAAACUAUUCCAUAAGCUUCUCACAGAUGGUUGUAUCUCCAUAGCAGCAUUUCAUUGUUCUUCAUUUCUAGCAGGGUGGAAAAAAGAAUGUGUCACUGCAGAGCUUUUUUCCCCCCACAUAAGGACAAAACAUGAUGAACAUGUAUGAAGAAUUCGGAGAGAAAAUAUAUUCAUAACAAGCCCAUUUUUCCUCAUUAAAUUCAAGGGCAUAACUGCAAAGAGGUCUUAAAUUCUGGAGACACUAAGGCCAUACCUGUUUUUCCCUAUCAGGGCAAAUUUAGUGAUGUUAUACCAGAAAUGAACAUGGCCUGUACACUUUAAAGAAAGCUUAUAUUUCUGUGAGAAAGUGCUACUUUUUUAGUGUGAAUUUCUGUACAGUUUUCAGGCAACUGCACAGUGGUGUCCACCCCCAGAUUGUUGUUGCUGUGUGUAAUACUUAGCUUGUUUAUGCCUUUUGCUUCUGGUGUGAUAAAGGCUGGGGUUGCUUUUUUAACAAAUGUGUCACAGACGGUCUGGUUGCAUUAAUGAACCCGUUAAACAGUAAUGCCAUGAUCUUAAUACAUAUUGCAUUUUGCCUAUUUCUGUUUCUUUAGAUAGUCCCAGGAAGAUUUAAUUGGCCUUGUGAAGUUGUAAUAAGCUCUUGCUGAGAAGGUGCCUCCUAGCUACAACCUUCGCCUAUCUCUCAGAAACAAUGGGUUCCAAUUAUCAAAUGGGCAAAACUGUCCUUUGACUUGUUAAGGACCAAUCCGGGCCACAGUCCACAAACUUACAUAUUCUUUAUCUAAAAACUGAAGUAAAUCUGUGGUACAGCUUUGCCCUUUUCAUUUGUUUUACUCAGAGAGAUGCAAACUGUGAUUUGUGAUGGUACACGUAGGGCGGCAUCCUGUUGCCUAAAGGCAGAGAGGAAGGGAAAUUGCAUAGCCCCGCCCCACCCAUCUUUGUGGCAGGCUUGACACUGUGUGAGUAGUUGUAUGUCCAGUGCAAGAAUGGGCACAGAAUGGGUAGCUUACCAGAGCAGUUAGGGGUCACUUGUAUGAGGUCUCUUCUACUCCAUGUUUUGAACAGAGGAUACUAGCCUUAAUAUUUUAUUCAUUUCAUUUAACAAGGGAUCCAACAAAGCAUUUUGCCCUAAUUGUCACUUCCUCUCUAUUCCAACUCUUGGGGCAAGAAAUGGAAAUGGAGGUUUGCACUGGGCCUCCAUGCCAAAAGGGAUAUGGGCAGCCAUGCAAGAGGGGGUUGAGGGUACUCUGCCUUUUCGCCAACUCUACCCAUCUCCCAGUAAAGCCAUACAUCUGCAGCACACUAAGGGAACAGCUGCUGGCAUAGCAAGGGGGGUGCUGGAUGAUAUCUUAACACAAGCAUAGAGGUCACCCCAGUCCUCCAGCAUGACAUAGUAUGAGGCAUUUCAGAGAAUCAGGCCAUCACAUUGUUACUGACCUAUCUCAAAGGCUCAUAUUUCAAAGUAAGGUAUUUAAUGUUAGUGGGGACAAUUCGAUCAAUGAAAUUAAGGCUUCCAAACAAAAGUGAUUUUAGAUCACAAAGUAUUUUUAGUGAAAACGUUUGGGUGGUUUGCACCAUUCACUGCAUUUGGUAUUUCACUGGACAGCUACUGAGCAGAAAUCACAUAAUGGUAAAUAAGAAACUGCAACAGUGAGGUCAGUAUUGCCAUAUGAACUGAUACCAUAAUAUCAUAAAACCUGGAAAAGUCAAGUUCACUCUGGAUGCAAAUAGGGAUGCUGUUGUCUGUUACGUAUUUAUGGGAUGCUUUUUGUUACCCUUUGUUCACAAUCUCUUUCUCUCUCAGACACACACACACGUAUAUUUUAUUGUAUCAGCUGAUGCUCUCUGGAUUGUGUACAUAUGUGUGUAUGUGAAUAUUUCAAGCACAUCCAGAAGGCCCAGUUGAACAGCAUUAUUCCCAUGGAGCUGGCAACCAAAUUAUACUGAAGUGAAGUCAGUGACACUUAACGUAGCAGUGACUAGCCUGUCCCAUUGAUUUCUUCAGGAUGUAACAAGCCUGAUUGAUCAUAAGAUUACAACCCCAAAUGAAGUCAGAAGCACAUUUUCUAUUGUUUCUGCAGCACCAAAGCUCUGCCUUAGUGCAAAAUUCAAGACAGGG